AUGAUAGACAAAAAAUCUUAAUUCACAUCAAGUUUUAAAUAAAUUUUAGAUAAUUUUAAUGAUGUAAUGAAAUAUAGUUAUGUUCAUAAAUAUUUUAAUACUAUUGAAUUCAAAAACAGAAUAUCCAAUACAAUGACAUGUAAAUCUUUGAUUACUUAAAAAAUAUUUAAUAAUGGCUAACCUAAUAUAAUUAAUAAUGGAUUCUUGGAUUUAAAUUAUUGUAAAGAAAAAGAUCUCUAAGUUGAUGUGAAUGUAGAUGUUAAUAGAAAUUUUACUUUAAGAGUAGAUAAAACACUUUAAUUUAAUUCUUUUAAAGAUUAUUGUAUUUUUGGAAAAAUAAACUCUAAUACUUUAAACAAACAAAUAUAUCCUCAAAUCGGUUUUUACAAAAACUUUAAUAGUUUCGCUUUCAAAAUAAAAUUCGAUUUAGAUAAUUAUAUAACUUAAAUAAAAGGAAAAGCUCUAUAUGACAGAGAUGAAAAAAAUGAAAAUAGUAAUUUUUUUGGAACAGGAGUUGCCAUUGAUUAUGAUUUUAGAAAAUAAAUUUUAUCCAAUAUAAAGGCUGUAAUAUGGAAUAUUAAUUAAAAUGCAACAAUGAGUCUUCAUUAUUCAAAUAGUAAACCCUUAGAUAAAGAUACUGAUUAUGUUGUUAAAUAUUGUCUUUAUUAAAAGUUACAAAAUAAAGUUGAUUUAGGCAUUUAGUUAUCUAGAAAAUCUAGAGAUUAAGGCUUUGGAAUUAAAUUUGGAUGUAAAUAUUAUAAAUAUGAUAACGUUAUAUAUAAUUGUAAACUUACUGAAUAAUUGUUUAUAUAAUCUUCUUUUAUUAUAGAUUUAAACUUAAGAAAAAAAGAUGAAAGCUUUGUAAAUAAAUCAGAUUUUCCUAUCGGAUUAAAGAUUUUUAUUUGCUAAUGA